AUGGCCAAUCAAAGAGACUUUGAGACACGACUUAAUAGUUACUGGGCUGAUCAUGCGGCGAAUCCGUUUCUGCCCAUCUUGGAUGACAAAGUCGACAAUAACGAUGUCGACUAUAACCAAGUUGACAACCAAGUCAACUAUCACCAAGUUGACAACCAAGUCAACUAUAACCAAGUCAACUAUAACCAAGUUGGCAACGAAUCCGGCCAUCAAGAAGCCGGCUUUAACGAAAUCGACUACAACGAAGCCGCUACCCCCGGUCCCAUCCUAGUCCCCGUCACCGCCGAGUCGCUCAUUGAGCACCCCAAGACAAGCUCCGUGGUGCCGAGCGACUGCGGCAAAUGGGGCUUGUUCACAGUCUCUACGCACCAGAUUGGCACAGGCACCACGAAGGAAAUCUGUGUGAUCUGUUUCAGGACACAAAUGAGCUUUCUGAUCACAGACGACCCGGCUGCGCACGAUGCUUGCUGGAUCCCUGGCAGUCUCGACGUCCUGUACCUCAGGUCGAAGGACGUGGGCCGGACUGAAGUGUGGAUUGGCUAUGCCGGAAUCACCGACCACGAAAAGGUUGCCGAGUACGCGACGGAAUUGAGCAGCCUCCAGCUGAAGCAGCUGCAGGACGGAACCAUCGUCUUCAUGGCCGCCGGCCUGGCUGAUCCCGAUGGCUCCCUAUACUGCAAAGACCACGCUCGCUGCCUCGUCAUCAGGCACGUUUGUCUAUAUUGUGCCCCAGGGGUGCGACGCAGUCUCUUUUAUAAUGUUCUUCGUCGGGUUGUUGUUGUUGAAGAUGAUACGGACUGCGAAGACAAUACAGAAAACAAAGACGAUAAAGACGGCGAGGGCUACAGACUAUACGAGCGAUACAAAAUCUCGCACGUCCUCCACGACCUCAUCCCCUCGAGCAACCUCGAGGCUCCAUCCGGCUUGUGCCAGACCGGCUUCACCUCGCUGGUCGACAACUUCGCCAUCGGCCCCCGCGGCGUCGCUCUGAUCGCGCGUGACCUGGGUCCCCCGGGGUCGCGCCCGCAUGACAUCUCGCACCCGUACUUCGUCCCCAUCUAUUCGUACGAGGAAGCGCCCUGGUCGAAGCCUCGUCCGGUGCAGUUGUGGACCGUGGACGGCACCGGCCGCGGCCGCGCCUCGUGCAUCCGGCAGUCGCCCGACGGCUCGGUUCUCGCCUUCCUCUUCGCCCAGGGCACGGGGGCGGACUUUGAGGGUCGCUGCAUCUUCAUCGCCAAGGCUGACGAGCACCUACGGGCUGGCCCGCUGCCCAACUGGGGCCUGGUGGAGGAGGAGCUGCAGCUGCCGGUGCGGCUUGGGGGAGGCGAGCCGCCGCUGCGGUUCGACUUUGCCGGCAGGGCCGACAGGCUCGUCUACCUGAGCCAGCGCCUCGGCAGGGUCGGGCUUUUCCGCGUGAAACUGAAAAAGUACGGGUGCCGCGAGCUCGGCGCCGGGGAGGGCACGGUCACGGCGUACCGCCCGCUCGUGGCCGGCGACUGGCGGCGGCUGCUCAUCUCGCGCAGCAGCUGGACGGACAGCUACGUCUGGGAGGUUGUCGACAAGUGGAACCAAGAGGUGGUGAGGAUCCCGUCGUGGAACUGGUACGCGUUUGACGUGCAGCACGAGAGGAUCACCGUGAAGCAGUUCCAUUCCGCGUCCGAAAGGCUCCUGGACGCGUUCGUUAUGUACUCGGAAAGAUACGUUAAUGGGGGGGCCCAGAGGAAGCAUCCCUGGAUCGUGGCGCUACACGGCAUUCGGGUAGGAUCCUGGACGGACAGCUGGAAGCAGCAGUUCAACCCCAUCGCCUGGGCGCAGAGGGGAUACUUCGUCGUGUUGCCGAAUGUAUCCGGCAGCACGGGAUAUGGCAGCGACUUUCACAGGGGUGCUAGUCAAGCAUGCGGACAGCGUCCGGUACACGACCUCAUUGAGGUCAUCGACGAGCUGGUGAACUCCUCAUAUAUUGACCCUCGAAAGGGCAUCCUGUACGCUGCAGCCCAUGCCGCGGACCUGGCUUAUUACCUAGGCAUGCACGAAAUCAUCAACCAUUUCUGUGGCGUCAUCUUGCGCGAUCCCAUAUUUCCACGCCCCGCCUGGGCAGCGUCGCCCGUCCGGGAGCGCCUCCCCUGGGACUUUGACUCCCGGAUCGAGGAUCCUGCCGAGGAGUUCGCCCGGUACCCGAAGAGCGAUCCGAAACUGCUAUCCCAGCCGCCGCUGGCUCUCCUAACCAUUGGGCAGCACCACUCUCAAGAGCCGUCCACCGAGUGGGCGCUACUCAAGUGCCGGUCGCUACGACCCCAACCCCAACACUCGCCUCGGCCGCUGAUUGAGGGCCUGGAGGCGGCUGACUGGAGCGAGCGCGAUCUGGAGUGGUACAGACUCGCGUUUCAGUGGGCGGACGAACUGACGAAUCGAUCGCUCCUAGACGGUAGAUGCCAUCCCGAGGUCACCGGCGGCAGCGGCGGCAUCGGCAUGGCCAUCGCCAAGUACUUCAACUCGGAUGGCAAGACGGUCCUCCUCGCCGGCUGCACCGAGUCCAACCUCGCCGCCUCCGCCAAGGAAGUCGGCGCCGCGGGCUACUAG